CAUGUGCAAAGGCUCUAUCCAACUCAGGGGCAGCUGAAAGCGGGCCGGUACCAGUUGCUGGAAGGGGGCGAAUGGCCGGCGCGAGGAGAGGGGCUCGGCGCCCGGGUUUUCUUGGAGGGCGAGAGCCGGUCCAGCUGCUUGCCUGAUCUCCUGAGACCCGGUUUGGGAACUAGUGCCAGAUCCUAAAGUUCUCCAAGAGGACUUGAUUACCUGGGCCAUGACGAGCAACCUGGACAUCUUUGUGGGCAACACUACCCUGAUCGAUGAGGAAGUCUACCAACUCUGGCUGGAUGGCUACACAGUGAACGACGCGGUGACGCGUCGCAUCCGCAGCGGGAUCCUGGAGCAGACGGGGGCCACGGUUGACGUGCUCCAGAGCGACACCAUGGACCACUACCGCACUUUCUACAUGCUGGAGCGCCUCCUGCACUCGCCUCCCAAGCUGCUGAACCAGCUGCUCUUCCAGAUCCCCCCUUGUCGCCAGACCAUGCUGAUCGAGAGGUAUUACGCCUUCGACGAGGCCUUUGUACGGGAGGUGCUGGGCAAAAAGCUCUCAAAAGGCACCAAGAAAGACCUGGACGACAUCAGCGUCAAAACCGGGGUGACCCUCAAGAGCUGUCGGCGGCAGUUUGACAAUUUCAAGCGGGUCUUUAAGGCCGUGGAAGAGCUCCGUGGGUCUCUGGUGGAAAACAUUCAGCAGCAUUUCCUGCUCUCGGACCGGUUAGCUGGGGACUACGCAGCCAUCGUUUUCUUCGCCAACAGCCGAUUUGAGACAGGCAAAAAGAAGCUACAGUACCUGACGUUUGAAGAUUUUGCGUACUGCGCUGAGCAGAUGAUUCAGAACUGGACUUUGGGGGCGGUGGAUACGAACGUGGAUGAUAUGGAUGUCGACCUGGACAAGGAAUUCUUGCAGGGCCUGAAGGAGCUAAAGAUUCUGAUUGCUGACAAAGACUUGUUAGAUCUGCACAAGAGUUUGGUAUGCACAGCCUUGCGGGGAAAGAUUUCUGUGUACAACGAGAUAGAAGCUAAUUUCAAGAACCUCUCCCGAGCCCUGAUCAACAUUGCCUCAAAGCUCACCCACAGCAAAGAUGUCCGUGACUUUUUUGUGGAUCUGGUGGAGAAGUUUGUUGAGCCUUUUCGGUCGGACAAAUGGAGCCCAAACGACGUGCGUCUCUUUCUGACACAGUACACGGCUUGUGCUCACACGCUGGAUGCCUUCAGGCAUCAAGCUCUCUGGGAAAGAUACAUGGGGACGCUGAAAGCUUGCCUUCUGAAGAUGUACCACGACUGAGCUCUGCGCUUAGCUCUUUAUUUAUUUUUUUGGACGGGGGGAGGAAAUCACCUUUAGGUGCAACAAGUUCCAGGCAAAAGAGAACCCAGAGCCCUUCGGCAGGGGAGACGUUUGCUGUUCGCUUGCUGGCUGCGGCUGUUCUGCACAGACACACACAGUUGUGUGUCCACACACGCUGCCACCACCGAGCGUCACUCUUUUCUCUCUACAUCUUCAGCAAUUAAGGGUUAAAACUGUUGUUGGCGUUAAGAAAUAAAAAAGGAGUCCUCACAGAUGUUGCUUGAUUUGUCUGAUUCUGGAUGGUGUGACUGUGAAGAGGCUCCAUGGCAAAUCUAUCCAUUUUUCCUUCUCUUGUUUUCUCCCCCCACGUUGUUCUCCAUGUUUCCACAACCGUUUGCAAUAUUUUGUUGCAAACUGUUCGCUAGCAUUUUUAUGUAACUUUCUCCUCAUUUCCAAUGUUUGUAUGCAAUUCUGCCAAAUGCCCACAUUUUUGCAAAGCGCUUUUUUUGCUAAUAUAAUACAGUUGUGGGGGUUUGUUUUUUGCUUUUUAUUUUCAUGAACCCAUGCCUGCUUUCCUUCAGUCUGUGCAUUUUUUGUACGCAUAACUUGCCUGGACAACUGCAUUGCAAUAUUUGGAGAGGUGCAGAUUUCAAAGGCUGUCUGUGUUUCGCUUCUCAUAUAGUUUUGGAAAGUGGAGGAUUGGAUAGGUUCACCUUUUAAAUGUAAACGGAAUCAUAUUCCCUCUCUCAGACCCCCACAUUCCCUACUUAAGAGCAUUUGAUCUGAGGUAGCUUGAAUUUUCUCUGCAGCACAUCAAACCGGUGUGCAUCUGUAGUACAUAGGAAGCUGCCCAGAACCAGACGCUUGGUGCAUGUAGCUCAAUGCUGUGAACCCAUGGGGUAGGGGGCAAAUGCAUCCUUCUAGACCAGGGGUAGGCAACCUAAGGCCUGUGGGCCAGAUGCGGCCCAAUCGCCUUUUCAAUCCGACCUGCGGACAGUCUGGGAAUCAGCGUGUUUUUACAUGAGUAGAAUGUGCCCUUUUAUUUAAAAUGCA